AUGGCUAGUCAGGAACACAGCUGGAGGGUUACAGUACUAAUGGAUCGUCAGAGAUACACCAGUAUGGAGGGGUUACAGAUUAAUGGUAGUCAGAGAUACACCAGUCCUGGAGGGUUACAGUAAUUAAUGGAUAGUCAGAGAUCCACCAGUCCUGGAGGGUACAGUAAUAAGGAUAGUCAGAGAGACACAGUCCGGGAGGGUUGGGAGGGUUACAUUAUAUAAUGGAUAGUCAGAGGUACACCAGUCCUGGAGGGUUACAGUAUUAAUGGAUAGUCGAGAACACACAGUCCUGGAGGGUUUUACAGUAUAUAAAUGGAUAGUCAGAGGUACACCAGUCUGGAGGGUUGGUACUGUAUAUAAUGGAUAGUCACGAGGACCACCAGUCUGGAGGGUUACAGUCAUAAGGAUAGUCAGAGUACAUCAGUCUGGAGGGUUACAGUAUAUACUGGGAGUUCAGAGAUACACCCAGUCCUGGAGGGUUUACAGUAUAUUUUUGUAAUGGAUAGUCAGAGAUGACCCCAUCCUGGAGGUUUACAGAUAUAAAUGGAUAGUCAGAGAUACACCAGUCCUGAGGGUUACAGUUAUAUAAUGGAUAGUCAAGAGAUACACCAGUCCUGGAGGGUACAGUUAUAUAAUGGAUAGUCAGAGAUACAACAGUCCUGGAGGGUUACAGUAUCUAAUGGAUAGUCAGAGGAUCAACCAGUCCUGGAGGGUUACAGUAUCAAUGGAUAGUCAGAGAUUUACCCAGUCCUGGAGGGUUCCAGUAUAUAAUGGAUCGUCAGAGAUUACACUAGUCCUGGAGGGUUACAGUAUAUAA